GGAACACGGAACUGAAGAGGAGCCACACUCGGAUCUCCUUUUGUUUUUCGUACAACAAACCAGGAGAUAAAAGGAAAUAUCAGUAAUGACGACUUGCAAAGCUACUAAGUACUUUCUGUUUGUAUGCUGCUACGUAUUCUGGGUGGCCAGUGGUGUAAUGAUCUCUGUGGGCAUCUAUGCAAAAGUAGCCAAAGAAAACGAUGUGGUGGACACUCUGACCACAGAUCCAGCUCUCCUGCUGCUCACUGUAGGUUCCCUCACGUUCUUCAUCACGUUCCUGGGAUGUUUUGGAGCGCUGAGAGACAGUGUCGUUCUGCUGAAAAUGUUUUUAGGGAUUUUGAUGAUCAUCCUGUUCCUGCAAAUUGCUGCUGCAGUUUUGGGCUUUCUCUUCUCAGACCUGGUUUUAAGGAGAACAGAACUCCUGAUGAAGAAAGCCAUUGUAUUAUAUCGAGAGGACAUGGAUUUAGAGAAUGUGAUUGACUUUGUGCAGAAAAAGUUCCUGUGUUGUGGAGUGAAUUAUUACUCAGACUGGUCUCAGAACAUGUAUUUUAACUGCUCUGUGAUUAAUCCCAGUCUGGAAGCUUGUGGUGUUCCGUUCUCCUGCUGUGUGCGACUGCAGAAUGAGACCGUCUUCAAUACCAUGUGUGGCUACAAAACUCAGGGGAUUGAAGAAUCUUUGAUCAAAGAGCGCAUUUAUAUCCACGGCUGCCUGAAUAAGAUCGUGCUAUGGGGGAAACAGAACCUGCUGCUGGUUGGAGGAAUCAGUAUCAGUCUACUGUGCCUCGAGAUAUGCAUGAUCUCAUUAGCAGCUGUUCAGCUCCACCAAAUCCAGGAAAAGGAGAAGAAAAAAGCAAGUAAAAAAACAAAAAAGAGGUGAUUUAUUUUACACUCAAAUCCAUUCUGAAAUAUCUGUAUAUAUAUACACACACACACACACACACACACACACACACACACACACACACAGUAUGUCUGAAAAGCACAUUUAUAUGAAUAUUUUCUCAUGUGAACCUUGUGAUCUGAGUCUGUAGAUGUGAUGAGCAGUAGAUGCUGUGAUUAACUGUGUGUUUAAACGAGACCCUGAUUGUAGAUUUUUAUAUUGAAACACAGUGUUCAUAUUGUAGUGUUAAAAUGUAUGUUCAUGUUCAUUUUGUAAAAAGAAAAAGAUCACAGAUGAUAUCCUGCUUUUAAACGUUAUCAAUAAAACUCUAUGUUAAUACUCAGGUUAUUGU